AUGGAGGAGGGAAACUUGCGAAGGAUUUCUCCUUUGAUGUUUGAUAUGUUCCUAAAUGUAUUUGAAGUGCCAAAUCAUGGUUCUUUGUAUUGUAAUUGGGUUUACCCUAUGAUUCCAGAUGUCCGAGAGAAAGUGGAGCAUACAAUUCAACGCUCUCCUCUCACCAUCUCAAGGUCAUUACCAAAUCCGGUUGAUCCAUCUGAAUCCAUACCAUUUAAGCUGCAGUUUGAGCACAAGUUACCCUGCAAACUUUUUACUGGAAACAAGGUUGAAGCUGAAGGGUCUUCAUCUAUUAAGGUACUGCUACUCGAUGCAGUUUCCGGACAUCUAAUUACAGGCGGUCCCUUAUCAUCAAAACGGGUUGAAAUUGUGGUUAUUCAAGGUCAUUUCAAGGCCGAGCAACUAGAGAAUUGGACAAAGAGCGACUUUUGUAAACAUAUAGUAUCUAGGAGAAGUAACAAAGGAUCAUUGUUGGUUGGGCAAUGUGAGAUUGUUUUACACAAUGGAAUUGGUUUUGUUAAUGACAUUUGCUUCACGGAUAAUUCCAGUUGGGUAAGAAGCAAGAAGUUUAGGUUGGGGGCUAGAGUAGUGGCCGAAGAAGACCGUGUGAUGGAAGCAGUGAGUAAUGCUUUUCAAGUGAAAGAUCGUCGUGGAGAGACCUAUAAGAAGCAUGACAUUCCAUCUUUAGAUGAUGAAGUUUGGCGUCUGUGCUGGAUUGCUAAAGACGGGAAGAUCUCCAAAAUGUUGGAAGAAAAUCAGAUUUAUACAGUGAAGGAUUUUAUCUCACUGUAUCACACUGAUGAAUCCUUCCUACGCGGUAUUGUCAAGGUAUCGCCAAAGAAGUGGAACGAAAUCAUUCAACGUGCUAAUUCCUGCUUUACAGGAUAUGAUGCUUGCACAAAUCUGAAUAACUCGGCUCAAAUUAACAUCCCUAUUGCUAUUGGUAGUACCAUUAAUCCAAACACCGUUCCAUGCUCGAGUCUGCAGCAAUUUUGUGUCAAUGAUCAACAGAUGAUUCAGAUGCCAGAGUCCAAUGCAGGGGAGUAUAGCCAUCAGUUAGGUGACAACUCCAUGGGUUUGGACAAUUCCUUGCUCGAAAAUUUAUGUAUUGGUUCACCGAAAGAUGUCUGCCUUCCACCUUUAUGUUACAAUAUGCCACCACCACCUUCCACUAUGCUCGACGGCCAGGCCUCAAGUUGGCAUUCUGACCAAUUGCUGAGGGAAGAAGGCAUAGGGAUGCUCUCUUCUAUCCCUGGUGUGUCUGCUGAUGCUGCAGAUAUCGCGAACCCUGAAGCUGGUUUGGAGGAUAUUGGUUAAGUAUGACGAAGGUCCUAUUAAAUCGCGAUUAUUGUUUCAGUGUGUUAGGGUCAGUUUGAUACUUAGCCUGGUAUCAAGUAUUUGGAAAGGCAAGAGGCAGGGAAGUGAGGGGCUUCAAAUUGAGUUUUACCUUUUCUUAGCUAAUGUUCAUACUUGCAUUUUUGUAUGGUUGUGUAUAAAGGCAGAAGACUGGCUAAUGAGUAAUGGCUAUACAUUAUGGCACAUAAUAAAAAUAUGCUGUA